CGUCCUGAGUAUAGGACACGGAAGUGACGCAGCCUGACAGCUGAGGGCAGAGUACAAAUCAAACAGGCCGCCUGCAGCUGUGUAACUUUGGUGUUUUGUCGUCGUUAUGAACAGAUUACAAAUCAUUUCGGGCCACCUGUGUCCCUCCGGCUCCUCCGGCUCCUCCGGCUCCUCCGGGCACAGCCGGGAUGUGUGGCGGACGGAGUGCGGCUCAGCGGGCAGCAGCGGCCCGGAGGACGUGCUGGUUGUUCACGGACGGAGGAGCGCUGUGGGCAAAGCUAAGAGAGGAGCCUUUAAGGACACCACGCCUGACGAGCUGCUGAGUGCAGUCAUGACAGCUGUGCUGACAGAUGUUGGACUGUCAGCCGACAAACUGGGAGAUGUUUGUGUCGGUAACGUGCUGCAGCCCGGUGCCGGUGCUGUGAUGGCCAGAGUGGCUCACUUCCUCAGCGGGUUUCCAGAGACGGUGCCCGUCUACACCGUCAACAGACAGUGCUCCUCCGGGCUGCAGGCUGUGUUUAACAUAGCAGGAGCCAUCAGGAGCAGAUCCAUUGACCUGGGCCUCGCAUGUGGAGUGGAGAGCAUGUCUCUGCGUGGGAUGGGAGACCCUGGAGAUUUGAGCUCCAGGCUGACGGACAACGACAAGGCCCGAGACUGCCUCAUCCCGAUGGGCAUCACCUCAGAGAACGUGGCAGAGAAAUUUGGCGUCUCCAGAGAAAAGCAGGACGCCUUUGCUCUCAGUUCUCAGCAGAAAGCGGCCCGGGCUCAGAGCACAGGUGUGUUUGACCAGGAGAUCGUUCCCGUCACCACCAGGUUUGUGGACAACGAGGGGAAGGAGCGUGAGGUGACGGUCACUAAGGAUGAUGGGAUCAGAGCGGGAACGACUCUGGCAGGACUGAAAAAACUCCGGCCGGCCUUCAAACCUGACGGCAGCACCACCGCAGGUAACUCCAGCCAGGUGAGUGACGGAGCAGCAGCCGUGCUGCUUGGUCGCAGGUCUGUGGUCGAGGCUCUGGGUCUGCCCGUCCUGGGAGUCCUGAGGGGCAGCGCAGUGGUGGGUGUUCCUCCAGAUCUGAUGGGGAUUGGACCAGCAUUCGCCAUCCCUGCAGCUCUGCAGCAGGCAGGACUCACUGUGGCUGAUAUCGACGUGUUUGAAAUCAACGAGGCCUUUGCCAGUCAGGCCGUGUACUGUGUGGAGAAACUGGGGAUCCCGCUGGAGAAGGUGAAUCCUAACGGAGGAGCCAUCGCUCUGGGUCACCCUCUGGGCUGCACCGGAGCUCGACAGGUGGUGACGCUCCUCAACGAGCUCAAACGCAGAGGCCGAAGGGCGUACGGCGUCGUGUCCAUGUGCAUCGGGACUGGGAUGGGAGCGGCUGCUGUGUUUGAAUACCCCGGACCGUAGGAGCCAACUCAAGACUGUCACUGUGAUUCAAAGCCCCUUUCAGACAUGACCCGUAAUCUGCCUUCUUCAGACCGUCUGCACAGCUCAGGUGUGAUCAGUUACAUUUACACAAGGUCAUGAUAUUUACACAGCAUGGCCACCGACUACAAAAGACCAGUUGUCUGCAGGCUACCAGAGCUGCUUUGGUCAGAUUCGGAAACCAAGAGCUGGUGUCUCUCUUUACUGUCCAAGAAGGGUGAAAAGAUCCAGAAUCAUCAGUGUAAAGUGAAAACACUGAUCCACAUCACCAUCUCAAAGAUAUGCCUUAUUGUGAAAUUCCAAAGGCGCGUUUGUGUCACUAGCACAUAGUCUGAGUGGGUGGAAGUUCGCUGCAUAGAUCAGCCUCUCACUGGGCGGAACGAGCCACCCGCUGAAGUCCCGCCCUAAAACCUCCGGUUGUGUAGCAGGUUUCAACACGUCCUUUACUAACUUUUGCGGUGUUGGAUCUUGCAGGGAUGUAGCCAUUUUUCUGCCAUGGUUCGCGUCCUGUAGGCGAUAUCUUUCUUUUCUUGAGAAAGGUCUGGUGAGCGAGACUACUAGCACAUGACGCCAAGCAGAUAAUGAAAGCAGCCAUGACAAAGACAAUAAGGAUAUUUACUCUCCUCUCAGGAAUAAAUCAGCAGUGACAUUUUUGGGGGGAUUUUGGAGAAAAGAGGGUCAACAGAAGAUCAUGCUAUAUGCACACAGUGCUGCCAUGUGAUUAAAAUACUCACACAGGCUGGAAUUAAACCGCGCUGUUCUGCCGCAGGAUGCAGUGACUUAAACCAACAGUGAGUAAGAAGUAGAAAUAAUACAUGGAAUUCGUUAGGCUGGCAGUAGAGGAAAACUCUGCUAGCUGCUAGGCUCAUUUAUGUAAAGCUGAACUUUGACAGUUAUUAGCGAGCCGAAUUUUAUACUUUUGUUAAAUGUUCUUGUUGUAAAGCCAUGCGUUAUGUCUUAGUGGAGUCAAUUUAAAGUAGGUUAAAGUUUUUUUGUCUUUGCACCAGUGUCCUUUUUCAAUUGUUCUUGAAGAGUAAGCGUAUGCAGCUGCCUGGAGAAAAGGCGUCGUACCCAGCGUCUUUUUCCAGAGCACUCCGCAUUUUUUUGCAGCCGCUCCGAGUGCUUUAAGUUGAAAAUCUCUAACUGUCGCAACACAGAUAGAAAAGGUCAUUUUGUGGGAGCAGAUCGGUGGCAGACACUACAUGUUGCUGGUGAGGGUUGUGCUGUUAUCACCAUUGGCUUCGUAAGCUUGAAGUUGACCGUGUAGUCAGCCCUCUGUUAGUGUAGCGUUAUUUUAGCUAACUGGCUAAUGUUAGUGUCAAGAUAUUGUUGUCAUAGAAACAAAACCCACAUGCAGCGCAUCAUUUAAACAAUCAGCAGUAGUGUUUUUUUAUGAGGCGCUUGGAUAAAGUGCUCCCAGCACUGCCAGUGCUUUUCUCCUGGACAAAAAAACACUAUGUGGACUCUGUGCAGCGUCUUCUCUGACCAAUCAUCUCAUAUCUAUCGCAGGCCCGAAUCAAAAUCGUAUCGUGGCAGAUUUAGCAAACAUCGUAUCUUCUAAAGAAUCCAUAAAAUAUUGUAUGGUGAUACUACAGCCAAUGAGACAACAAGCUUAAAGGACAGCCUCACAUUAUUUUAAAAUAAGUCAGGUGCACACAGGAACACUGGAACAGGUUUUGCUUGCUGUAAAUAUUCCUUCCAUUUCUCUUGGACACUAACAGAUCCCUUCCUAAUGCAGUUUCAAAUAAAUCUUUACAGGUUAAGUAUGAAGUUUUCUCUGUGUAGUUAAAAAACAGAAUUAAAAUUCAUACUAAACAGACUUGUCUAAGUGUCUAAUUCAGACUCCUGAAGUGUCAGAUAAACUUUGGAAUACAUUUUUUGCAGAGAAAGAGGACUGUAGAUUUUGUCCCUUUUGACUUACACUGAAAUAAAGAGAUCGCUUAAUGUCCAGCAUGAACAGGAGGACAGAUUACAGCAAGGAAAAGCUGCUCCGGUGUUCAUAUGUUUACCUGACUGCUGCUUUAAGACAGACUUUAAAAUCUGUUAACCUGUUUUUAAGCUUGUUAUCUCACUGGAAGGCACAAAGAGUCGGCAGCUCUUCCUUUCAGCACCAGACCAAAUUCAAACCACUUUUAAUUAAUGAGCUCAUAAAAGUAUCAAGUACUGGUCUUUUGUUAUCGGUGGCCAUGCUGUGUAAAAACAUUAUCGUGUGUAUGAUUACUGGCAGUGUAACUGAUCACACCUGGGCCAUGUAGAUAAUGUAAUAAACCCGUCCUUUAGCGUCACGCUGCUGUAAACAUGUCACCUCAUACGCAGGUUUCUCACCUAAUGCCAGAGGCAACAUGUUGUGAAAACAUUACUACGUUCAUAUUAGUACACACUGGUCCUAAUACUUAAACAGAGUCAGCAUGAAGCUCAAACAGCUGUGACUCAAUAGAUCAACUCAGCAGUGUGAAAGGUUUAAUGUCUGAAAGGGGCUCCAGAGAUUAGACUCAACCUUUAAAUCAAUCUGUCACUGGGCGAAUGCUGCUGCACUUUAGCUGUUAAUACUUGUAUAGAAGAAAUAUUUCAAACAGCAGCUGAUUAAGUGCCUUUGAUUUUAUGUUGCUCAUCAAAACACUGAUUUAUGCUGCUUUAAUUCUUUAAGUGAAACAGGUAAAUAUGGGCAGGAGGAGUGGUGAGCUGUGGGAUGAAGGACUGCAGACGACAGUUACUGUUUUCUGUAAUCAAGGUACAAAUAUGUCAAGCAGUCCUGCUGCCAUAUGGAAAAUUAUUUGCACUGUAGCAGCAUGAACUUAAAGGCCACCGUAGUUCACAGCUCCUCUACCCCCACUUAGACUUAAAAAAGCCUUUUGUUUUUUAGCAGCAUUAAUCAGGAGUUCAUGUGUGUAACGAUACUAAAGGUUUACUGUAGGUUUCUAAAGGAUGUUGUGACCACAGUACUUUCUGUCAAAUCUAAGGACCAAUCCCAAACAGCCAGUCUGUAAAUGAAUGUAAUCCUGAUUAAUAACACCUCUUCAUGAGGCGCUGUGCGUUUGUGAGACAUCAUUAGCAUCAUCUACGGCUGAGAAAUUUUCACAUAACCAUGCUGCUCUGUGAGCUUUAUCCACAAAACUGUUACCGAAAUGUGAACAAAGAGUCGGGAAUUUGUCACAGCAAACUUCAAGCCAGCUGUCAGAAAUCUAUUUAGCAGUCAGUACUCGUCUUCAGGGAGAUCUUUGUGACUCAGAAUAUUUCAGGAACAAUUUGAAAAUAUACAUUUUACUGCUGCAGACGACAAAAAAAAGAGAGGAAAUGUUCAGGAUGUCUGGAUCAAGAUACUGAGUCCUAUAAAACUGAACAUCUGCAGAUUUAGAGUCAGAUGCGAUUCUUUAAUUAACCUAAAUGUCAUUGAACCAAUCAACUAUCAGCGUGAUUACGAUAAGUCUCUGCGUGCAAACAGGCUCCCAGGAAGUGCGCCGGGCUUUAUGCUAUUGAUGCCAUUGGGCCGAAAAAGACUUUUCCCAUAGACUUAGCCUGACGUUUUGUAAAUCAAUGGAUACAAUUUUUGAGAGCACAGCCCCCGAAAAAAGAGCCUCACGAUUAAAUCAUUGUAUCUCCAUUCAAGUUAGCAAAGCACUUAACCUGAGGUUAGCUGUUUGCACAGUGGACGUUAGCAGCUCUGCGACGCUCGGCCACCGCAAAUCUCUAGGUCGCUUGCUCCGUGGGCCCCACAGUAUGAAAGAUUUUUUGCCUUCAUGCACUACUGAGAAACUUUCAUAGGAUUGAACGGGGCCCCGCCUUAAACGCUGUAUCUAGAUCUCUUUAUACAUCCAAGGCUUCCUCCUCUGUGUGCUCGUCUUUGUUUACAGUCCAAUUGGCAAGUUGGGAGGCCACAUACAGAUUCAUGAUGCUCUGUAAACCGUUAUUUGCACAUGAAUGCAGAUAAAUUAGGAACAAACUUGCUGAGUUGUCGUCAAACAAUAGCUGAUGGGUUCAAGGACUGCAUUUCUACUAUGCUUUCCGCCUCUUGUUGUUCUCACGGUAGGGUCAGGUAGCUAACUCGGUACUUUUAAGAGUACCAACCGAAUUACGUUACGAGCACUGAUUCGCGUUAAUCAAGUUUCAGUACCUCAAGGCGCUUCUGAGUGAGACAGUGAGCCACGUCCCGACUGGAGCUGAUGGCGGUUACUCAAGACAAUGGAGCAGAAUCCUUCCCAUUGGAAAUUAUAUUUGUGCUAUUACAGAGAAAGUAAAGUACUGGACAAAGUUAGUGUUUGGUUCAAAUGUGAACAGUACCCAGCCCUACCACAUGGACUAUUUAAGGUUGGGUACUGUUAAAAUUUGAACCGAUACCGGAACCAACACUUCCUUUUUUUAGUACUGUAAAUGUAAAACAAAAUGUAAUUUUGCUAUCAAAUCCUGCUCAAAGGUGAUCUUUCAAUACUCAUCAGAUGAAAGCCAGCAUGUACCUGAUACCAAAAUCUUGUCCCUUUGCCGACAGAUUCAGCAUACAUUUGCAGAUUAUGAUUAUGUAUCUAACUCACUGUAAUAACAGUCAUAGCUAAUUGAUUUGAAUACUGAAACUCUGUUCAUUAAAUUUAAAAGCUCAUAUUAUUAAUGUAAUAAUAAUAAAAGAUAAGUUGGAAUAAUACGACUUCUAUAUUUAAUAUGACGCGACCUGCUAGAGAGAGGAAGUCUCAGUCUGUUGGAGCUGUUGAACUGGAGAGGAUGAUACUGAACUGAGACGUGCAUACAGACCCCGAGGGCAGCCGUCGGAGAGAAUUCAAUGUGCCGAAAUAUGCCGCCAAAAAAUAUAUAAAAAUAAAUCUUUCCCUGAUAGUGACGUGCAGAUUAUCUGUACAUGACUUGUGUGACAGCUCUGUACCACUUGAGAACCUGAUUCUUACCGAAGAGCAAAUUCAUGAAAGUACGAAAACACUGGUGAAUGGCCCAAUUUUUUUUUUUAAAAAUCGCUCAAACGCAGCACAUAAAAAUGAAUCUGUUUAUACUGCUGCUUCUUGCCUGAGGCCCAAUUUAUCAGUUAUCAUCUACAUUAACUUUUGAAUAACUGUAGACUUUUGUAAAACUGAAUUGUGAAUAAUGUCUUUACAUAACUGAUUUUCUAUGUGUAAAAAUAAAACGUUUCAACAGGA